AUGAGUCAAUAUAAUCUAUAUUAAGCACCCUUGCCAAAGCAAAUCAUAUCAUUUCCGAUUACUCUAUUUGAUGGUACUAAGUCAAUGAAAAGAGAAUACAAUUAAAUAAUUUAAAUAUAUGGCGAAGUCUUUAAUGAUUUUAGUGAAACAGAAAGAUAACAAUAUUAAUGGACUAAAGGCUUAAAUUGGAUUAAUCCAUAUAUUGGAUCCGAUUUUGGAGAUCUAACUUAAACAAUGAGUCAACUCUUUCUAACAUUAUUAGCAAAUUAAUAUCCACAAUAUAUGACAAUGAUAUUAGUUACUGAUGGGGGAGAACCAUUUGACUCUGAAUCCUUGUAAAAUUAAAUUUAAGAAGUAAAAUGCAAAUAUUUUAUUUAAUUUAUCACUAUUGUAAUUAGCGAAUAGCCCCAACCCAAUAAAAUUUUGAAAAAAUUGAAUACAUUGUUUAAACCAUAAGAUAAUCAUUUUAAAUCUUAAUACAUUAUUAAACGAUCAUAAAGGAAAAACAUUUUUGAAAUUUAGAAUAAUUUUAGGGAAGCAUUUACAAAUAUUAAAAAAUAAUUAGUAGUAUAUCAAUAAAACAGUAUUCUAAAUUAAAAUGUAAGGACAAUUAUUAAUCAAUCAGAAUUAAUAAAUGAAAUUACUCCAGGAAACUUGUUUUUGGUAGAAAAAGGAUAAGAAAUAUGGACAGAAAAUGUUAAACUUCAAAGUACUAAAUAAAUAAGUCACAUUUUAUAAAUGUUAUAAAAAUCAUUCUUAAAUACCCUGAUGAAAUCACCUGAAAUUACAUCUUAAGAAUUGAAAAAUGAAUGCUUAGAAAUCUAAAGAGUUAUAAAUGAUUUGUUAAAAGAAAUAGAUAAUAAUAAUAAUAAUAAUAAUAAUAAUAAUAAUAAUAAUAAUAAUAAUAAUAAUAAUAAUAAUAAUAAUAAUAAUAAUAAUAAUAAUUAAGAAGAAUAUCAAGCAAUAUAAUUAAUAUUAACAAUAAUAAAAUCAAUCAUUAGUAACACUUGCAAUUGGUAAAAAAUAGAUAGUCAAUUAUUUAAUGAUUUAUUAUUAGCAGUAUCAAAUGCUAAAGUAAAUUAAUUAAAAUAAUUAGCUUCAAUUAAUUAAAGUGAAUUGUGUAUCUAAAAAAUUGAUCAAAUUAAUGAAUAAAUGAUUUCUAAGUUAGAUAAAUUAUUAGAAAGUGAGAAGAUAUAUCUAGAUUUUCUUAUAAAACUAGAAAAUAUAAUUUUUGAUGCUUUAAAAAUAUAUUCAGGUUUAUUUUCAACAGAAGUCAAAUAUCUGCAAGAUUAAAAAGCUCAUCUUAAAAAAUUUAUUACAUUACUUAAAAAUCAUUUGUCUAUUGUAUUUGAAACUAUAUUUAAAUAAAAAAUAUUCAAAGAAAAUUAUCAUAACAACUUUGAAUAAUCUUAAAAAUUAUUUAAACUUAAUGAUAUAAUAAAAUAGUUAAAAUAAAUUUUAAUGGAUUGUUAGAGUGAACAAUUUCUUAAUUCAAUAAAUUAAUUAAUUUAAUUAGAAGGAAAUUCAAAUAAUUAACUAUUUGUGAAUAUCAUAUUAUACUAUUAAGAUUUAAAUGAAUUACCUUUUAUAUAAUAAUAAAAGCCAAAAAAUAUUGAAGAAGAUAAUGAAUCUAUUUUUGUAUUAUUGAUAAAUAUGAAUGAAACUAUGAAAUAAUAUAUAGUAAAUUUAGAAUAAAGUUAUAAGGAAGGUUUUAAAGAGAUUUAAAAUUCUAAGAAAAUUGAAAUAGUUUAUGUAAAUAGGAAAGAAAAUAACUAGCAAAUAAAAUAAGAAUUUUAUUUUCUUAAUUAUGAUUAAUUAUAAAAUAAUAGAUAUAAUUCACUUAUUGAAUUAUUUGAAAAACAUUAAGAAUAGUUUUAAUUGAAAAAGAAAAAUAUAAAUAUAUGCAUUAUAAGUGAUGAUUAAUAUAAUUAUUGGAAAUUACAUUUAUAAAUAAGAAUGUUAGAAUUCUCUUAAUAUUAUGUUAAAUUGGUAUAUAUAGCAUUAGGAUUAGAAUUUCAUUUAUUUAUUAGUAAAGAAAUUGAAUAAUUUGAGAAAUAGUAAAUCUAUUAAUAAAAACCAUUUUAGUUUGUUAUUCCUAAAAGUAAAUAUAAUUAGAAAAAGAAGGAUGUUGAAUAAUUUUAAUUGAAAAUAUUUGAAGAGAUAGCAAAGAAAUUUAAGCAUAACAAACUAUGA